AUGGCACUGCUGUACGGCACGUUGCUACAGAGUGAUGACGUGGGAGCCGUUCUGUUUCCGGAGACGGGUCCGAGACAGGGGGGUACCAUGCUGACCAUCACAGGGGAGAACCUGGGCCUACAGUUCAGGGACAUCCAGACAGGAGUGCGCCUAGGCAAGGUGCCCUGUAUCCCCUUUGAGGAGGAGUACAUCAGCGCUGAGAGAAUUGUGUGUUUGCUAAAUGACGCCACGGGCUACCGGGUGCAGGAGGCCAACGUGGAGGUGUGUGUGAGGGACUGCCUGACAGACUACAGGGCCCUCUCACCCCGGGCAUUCACCUUUGUGACACCCUUCUUCACGCGAGUGUUGCCUGCUCAGGGUCCUCUCUCUGGGGGCACCAGGAUCACCAUUGAGGGCAACCACCUCAACGCCCGGAGGAAUGCCCGGGAGAUAGUAUGUGUGACCCCAGUGGGGCUGAACCCAGGCAGUACACCAGUCAUGGUGGACAUCGACUCUGCUGAGCUGAGGAACCCAGAGGUCAAAUAUAACUACACUGACGACCCCACCGUCCUGAGGAUUGAACCAGACUGGAGCAUCGCUAG